CAGUCUGAACCCUAGAUAGAGAGAAGUGAAAGAAUGUCAAAGAGCAAGGACGACAUAACGUAUGCGACUUCGCAGGCGAGGCUUGAUGAAGACGAAGCUGUGAGGACUGCGUACAAGCAUGGGACUCCUCUUGAAGGAGGCAAGAUUGCCGAGUCGGAGCCUGUCGAUCUCUUCUCCAGUGCUCGUAACAUUCCCAAGGCUCAGCCUCAUGAUGAAGAUUCUAGCAAUGAUCGAUCCCAGAUGCAGCAGCAUAAACCCGAUCUCACGAAACGAGAAGGCGGCCCGGGAUCUGCUGCUGAUAGUGCUAAACUUCCCAAGAAAACUCCUCCUGCUCUUAGUACUAAGUAGAUAGAUGCAUGUUUAUUCCAAUUUUUUUUUCUUUUAUUUUCUCCUCAU